UUGAAUCUGAUUGGCUGCUGGGCUCAAGGAGUUUUCAAAUCUACCAGCAGCUGACGGAGCUGUCAAAACAGCCGACAGGAGCAGAGCGUGACCGUCUGUUGGGCUGAAGCCAUGAGGACGAGCGAGUUUGACUCCUCAUCUGAAGAGGAGGACGUUGGAGAGGAGCAGCUCACACCGUUCCACAUCUCCUGGUUACCACUGUCCAUGGUGGAAUGCUCACAGUUUCUUGGGAUAUGUGCAUUACCAGGUUGCAAAUACAAAGAUAUUCGUCGGAGUCUGGAAAGAGAUGUUGAGGAGCUGCAGAACCAGGGGGUGCAGGAAGUGUUUGUUUUCUGCACCAGAGGAGAACUGAACAAGUACAGGGUUCCCUCCCUGCUGGAGGUCUACCGGCAGCGAGGCUUCACCGUUCACCACACGCCCUUCCCAGACGGAGACGCUCCUGAGCUGGAGCAGUGCUGCCAGAUCCUGGAGGAGCUGCAGGUCAGCCUCGACAACAACAGGAGGACUGUCAUCCACUGCUACGGAGGCCUGGGUCGCUCUGGACUAAUCGCUGCUUGUCUGCUGCUUCAGCUCUCUCUAACAAUGACGGCAAACAAAGCCAUCGAAAUCCUCAGGGAGCACCGAGGAGGAGGAGCGAUACAAACCGUGAAGCAAUACAACUUCCUCCAUGAGUUCCGAGAACGGUUCGCAGCCUACCAGGAGAGCCGAGAGGUUUCCACAGAGCGCUCCGUGUCUCGGUGAUCGCUUGUCUUCCGAUCAAUGAGCCGGGAAAAUAUUCAUCUUUUCAAACUCUCUCAUCUGUCACCGAUGCUUUCCUGAUUGUGUGUGAUAUAAUUGUAUUCUCUAAUGAUUGCACUUUAACAGCAUACUCUAAUAUAUUGCUUUUUUUUUUCAUUCUCAGUAUCAAAUUAAAGACUUGAUGAGGAAAA